AACUUUUAUGUUAAGUGAGUAACCCUGGUUUAGGAUACUUGGUGGAUCUACAGAUGUCUGUAGCUUCUCGGGGCAAGUUGUCUGCUCUCCUCGGCGUGGCAGCGUCUGCCCACAAUCCCCGGAGACUGGAUGUGACAAUUGAGUGCUACUGACAGUCUGCAAGGGGACUGUCAGUCCUGCUGGAGCCCAGCAGGAUGGAGAGGAGGGGUGGGGGGUAGGGGUAAGAGAAAAGAGGCAAAUGGGGCUUCAAUCUCUUAAGUCAAUGAGUCUCAUAUGUGCAGGGAGGAGACAGCUUUUAUCUGAGUUCGUUGUUGCAGUGGAGGCCAGCUCAGACACCCAGUCCCCCCCGCCUUUCCUUUCCGAACACGCCUCUGUCUUUGAUGUAUGUCUCAGGUGUUUGAUCUGCUGUCUCACUCUCCCAAAGUAGACUGUACUGUUGAGGGAAAAUACCCCAAAUAGAAAGUUAUUUUGUGCGAUUAAAAUAAAUUACAACUUAAGCAUCUACAAAUCGACAUCUUUCUUAGCCGAGUGUCAAAAAGACAAAAAUGCUUGAGUUGACAAGUUCUUCAGAUGACACUGGGUGCUCAGAGAAAUUUUGGAAUAACCUGUUUACAUUAGUACCAUGGAAUGCUGGAGUGGUAGUUGUUUCAAUAUUUAGUAUCUAUUGGACAGCACUGAGAUUUGUCUUUAGAUGAUGAUGCCACAUACAUUCUCUUCUUUCAAGAGGGAGAAAAUGCUCCCAAAUACAAACCAUGCUGUCUUUUUGACAAAACAGGAAUUGUUCUUUUAAUUCAGCACUAUCAAAGUAAAAUUCACUGUCAAAGACAGUGCAAUGAUAGUAAAUAUGCAGACAUUUCUCUAGCAAAUUAAAGAUAAAUAAAUUUGAUCCGAUAGAUGUGCACAAGCAAAGAUGAUUGCUAUAUUUGGCCAGAUAUUUACCCCCAAACAAAUGUAGUGUUAUGUGCACUAGUAAAGAAGCUAAUGCCUAAAUGUUGACUUUAUGCCUGUUAAAAGGUUAUAUUUAUAUAAAGGUUAAAGUUAUAUUUUUUGUUCAGUGUACAGUGAGAUACAGUAAUUUCGCUUUCUGUCUUAAAGGAUUAUUUUUGUUUUGGGAUUGACAUCUAUUUUUUGAAUUUUAAUUUAUUGUUUAGAAUAAUUUCACUGUUCUUUAAAGAAAACCAAUCACUGCCUCUGUUAGAUCUGUCUGCUGGAGCUGUGUUUGACAGACAGGUGCCCAACCGUUCAGCUCAUAUUCUAUCACCUUCUCAUUAACUGAGGCAGGGGCAAGCAACACAUUAACAAGACAGACACAGUGUCUACAGGGCAGCCAUUAGGCCCAACAACAGACCCCUGCUGGGCUCCUGGCAGGGGGAGCUUGUUAAAUGUGUGGACCUAUUGUUCUCUCAAAUUGGUCUGUGACUCUAAUUGCCCAGUUAGUCCCCUCUUACGGGCUGUACUCGUCUACCCGAACUGGAACCAGCCUCCACUCAUCAGAUCAAGCUGUAAAAGUUGGCUAAGCGGGGGCCAAUGGACAGCUAUGGCUUGGCUGCGGGAAUGUUGUCCUUACUGCAGACAGGGCAGGAAUACAGGCACAGAAAUGGGACUGUGGCCAAUCUGAAUUGGCUUUACUUUGGCAUGCCUGAAGCCACAAUGACCAUGACAGUCUGGGUGGAAUAGAGACCUCUGAUUCAUGAGGGGAAAGUCCUCAAAAGGCCCACAGGCAUCAACCCCAGAUACACAUCUAAAUCUGGAGACAGACGACAUCCAAACAAAUCCGAUGAUGCUGUAAUGUAGUUCUAUUGUUAAUUUAAGAGGCUUAUAUACAUCAGACAGAGAGAACGAGACAAAUUAGCACUUAUGUCUGUGCUCCUGGUCUGCAUCUCAGGACGAGAUCUCUGGUGUCUUGAAUGGGAUGUUGGCAGGUUAUGACAGAGUGUUUAUGCGUCUGCCAGACAGCCCAUGUUGCCUGUUGCUCUGGUAUUUUAUGGCACUCAUUACAAUACAAAUAAAAUGUAUUGAUUAAAUAUAUUGUCUUAAAAUAGAAGUUUUUGAUUGUCAUCAAAUUUUUUCUGUCCAAGUCCCUCGAAAACGGAAAAUGUCUGCAGCAUCAUGCUGAAAUUGCAUGAUCUCAUUCACUGUAUAACACAGAUCUGAGUGUUCGUGUGAGUGCCAUGCGCCGUAGCUGAUGACGCAUCAAACCGAUAAGCAAAAGAGGCAGUCUAAUGGUAUUCUGCAUGUGGGAUCUGAGUUUGUGUUAUUGGCAGAUCAAAGCCAGGUGAGCCAGAAGAGACGCUGCUUUGCUAAUGAGAACUGGAGGCUCUACAGAUGAAACCCUCCAAUUAGGAUGCAGGAACACAUGAAAGAGACUAGCAAUAUGAAGGAGACUGUCUGUCUACUAAAACCUCUGAUUUCUUUCUAAAGGGACUUUUAAAGAAGUAGUUUGUUACUCUGCGAAACCUCUUUAUAGGAUUUUUUUUUCUGUAACAGCCAAUGCAAAAAACAGUGGCAUUUUAUUUCUCACUUGUGCUCAAAGUGGAUAUAAUAUAGGGGGGUGAGGAAAAUAACAAACACAUCCUUAUUUUCUGAGGUAUAUGAGUCUGUAUUUCAAACACUGAAGAUUGUGUGGCAAGUAACAGCACUUGACAGCCAUUUAUUGUAUACUUUGAAGUGCAAGAGUUAGUUCAGAAGUUUCCCCUGAGGUAUUCACAUUAUUUUUUUUGUACCUCCUGGAUCUCUAAAAGCAAAUGAAGCAGACUUCAACCUUCUGGAGCUUACCUCAGUGAAAGCUGGGUUGUGAUUGCCCAUUGUCCCCCUCCCUACUCCCUCUCAAACACACCCUCCAUCUGCUGACUGCCCCCUCUCUGUCUGCAGUCACCACAAAACAAGUCGUUGUCUCCAAACACAUCGUCUCUGCGUCUUUGAUAGGUAGUUGAUAACAGACUUACAGACUGAUGGGGCUGGCUGACCUUGCUGUAUAUAAAGCAGGCAGCUGCUGCUGCAAAGCCAUUCAAGGACAGCAGAGACUUCUGACAACAAGCAGCCCCAGUUAAAGCUGAACGUUCUACCUUGUGGACUCUGGAUUUUGCGAAUCCUUCAGCAUGGCUCUGUUUUUCAUCUUGGCUCUCCUGGCUAUGGCAUGCCCUUUAAUGGCAUUUGACAUAGGCCAGUCCACUCGUUGCGUCGCUAUCCCGAACCAGAUGAAGGUCUGCAAAGAUGUUGGUUACUCUGAGAUGCGGUUGCCCAACUUUCUGGGUCACAGCAACCUGGAAGGCGAGGUGGUGCCACGUUCAGAGGACUGGAAGCCCCUUCUGCAGACAGGCUGCCACCCUCAAGCUCAAGCCUUCCUCUGCUCCCUCAUUGCCCCUGUCUGUCUUGACACAUUUAUCCAGCCAUGCCGUAGUCUGUGUGUGGCAGUGAGGGACAGCUGUGCCCCGGUGCUUGCCUGUCAGGGUCACCCAUGGCCAGAGGCUCUCGAUUGUGACCGCUUUCCUGCCGAGGAAGACAUGUGCCUUUCACCCCAUGUGAAAUUUGGCCACUUUGCCAAAGACUUGCCCAAAGCUGCCUGUCAAAACUGUCCCACUGUGGAGGAGGCUCCUGCAAUGAAAACAGUCCUAGAUGCUUUUUGCCAGCAUGAUUUUGCUGUAACUGCCAAACUCCAUCGCCGUCGCCUUCCCAUGGGAGAGCCAGAGUUUGAGGUUGAGGGCCGGGUUGAGUUUGUCCGCCAGGGACCUCUGCUGCCUUAUGACACCCAGCACCUACUCCAGCAGUGGAUGCUUAUCAAUAUUCGAUGUGCCAAUGUCCUUGUGCGCCCUGGACGUUCACAGCUUUAUGUGCUGACUGGUUCGGUGCAGCCUGAUGGCACCCUCGCUAUCUCUCAUCUCUUUCCUUGGCACAAAAAAGACGCAAACAUCGCCAUGGCCACUCGUAAGUGGAAGCACCACAGAUGUUGAAAAGACUGAUAUUGUAAAAAAUGGAGCUCUGAAUCUGUGUUUUAAGUGUACAUUUUUUUUAUGAUUUCAGCACACAAAACACACAUGAUUUAUGACAAAAUCAGGGGGCAACUGUAAGAUGGAGACUUGUUUUUAGGAUUGGGUGUUAGUGCGAAUACGCUCAACAGAAAUUGAUAUGAGAAGGGACCUGGACUCGAGCAACAAUACCAUUUGCCUCCCUCAGAAGCUCAGUAACCUCAUCAUGUCCCUGCUCUGACAGCACACUGUUACAGAAUGCACUCAAACUUGUAAAUAAUAUUAUUAAAUGUAAAUGGAUUGUAGAUUAUAUUUUCUAUGGCGUAUUUAUGACAUCUGUUUUAUGUUCAUGUACUGUGGAAAAAGAUGACAAUAAAAUAUUUGUUCUGUGGAAUUCUA